UCCUGGGCGGAGGCGGAAGCGGAAGUGGCGAAGGAAGUGCCUGUCUCCAAGAUGGCGGCCGCCUGGCCCUCCGGUUCGUGUGCUCCGGAGGCCGUGACUGUCAGACUCUUCAGUGUCCUGUGGUUCAUCUCAGUCACCACAGGACCCUGGGGGGCUGUUGCCACCUCUGCCGGGGGCGAGGAGUCGCUUAAGUGCGAGGACCUCAAAGUGGGACAAUAUAUUUGUAAAGAUCCAAAAAUAAAUGAAGCUACGCAAGAACCAGUUAACUGUACAAACUACACAGCUCAUGUUUCAUGUUUUCCAGCACCCAACAUAACUUGUAAGGAUUCUAGUGGCAAUGAAACUCAUUUUACUGGGAAUGAAGUUGGUUUUUUCAAGCCCAUAUCUUGCCGAAAUGUAAAUGGCUAUUCAUACAAAGUGGCAGUUGCAUUGUCUCUUUUUCUUGGAUGGUUGGGAGCAGAUCGAUUUUACCUUGGAUACCCUGCCUUGGGGUCUCACUCUGUUGCCCAGGCUGCAGUGAAGUGGUAUGAUCAUGGCUUACUGCAACCUUGACCUCCUGGGCUCAAGGUAUGCUCCGUCCUCAGUCCUGCCCCAAGUAGCUGGGACUGCAGGCAUGCACCACUAUGCCUGGCUUAUUUUUUGUAUUUUUUGUAGAGAUGAGAUUUCGCCAUGUUACACAGGCUGGUCUUGAACUCCUGGGCCCAAGCUGUCCUCCCACCUCAGCCUCCCAAAGUGCUGGGAUUACAGGGAUGAGCCAUAGUGCCUGGCCAAUUUAAAAUUUUUAAAUAUUUUAAAUACAGUUUAAUUUUUAUUAAGAAUCCAAGGUUAAGGAAUUUAGGCCUUUUUGUUUUAAAUGAUCGCUGCCUUAAAAAUAAAUUCUUAACUACAUAAUACAGUGUUGACUGGAAUGAAAGUAGUUAUAGACAAAAUCUAAAAUUUCAUUUUUUGCGUGGUGCAGUGAUGUAUGCCCAUAGACUCAGCUGCUCAAGAGACUGAGGUGGGGGGAUUGCGUGAGGCCAGGAGUUCAAGGCCAGCAGAGACAACAUAGUAACAUAGUGAGAUCCCGUUAAGAAAAAAGAAAAAAAAUCCUGUUUUAAAACUAAUCUUAUUUAAUCUUUCUUCAUAGUUAUGAAAAGCAGUAGUUCUAGUUAUAUAUAGUUUUUUUUCUUCAUAGUGCUAAUUAUAAAUCUGUUAGCCUCAGGGGUUUGUUCAUUUAUUCACUAUCUAUCUUCCUUUGGAUUUUUUUUUUUUUUGAGGCGGAGUUUUGCUCUUGUUGCCCAGGCUGGAGCACAGUGGUGUGAUCUUGGGCCACUGCAACCUCUGCCUCCCAGGUUCAAGUGAUUCUCCUACCUCAGCCUCCAGAAUAGCUGGGAUUACAGGUAUGCACCACAAUACCUGGCUAAUUUUAUAUUUUUAGUAGAUACGGGUUUUCUCCGUGUUGGUCAGGCUGGUCUCAAACUCCCAGCCUCAGGUAAUCCACCUUCCUUGGCCUCCUAAAGUGUUGGGAUUACAGGUGUGAGCCACCGCGCUUGGCCUGGAAUGUACAUUCUUAAAGGCAGAGGCCUUAUCUGUGUGCAAGUUGAUAUCCUGAACGGAACUUGACAAAACAGUAAUACGGUGAUAAAUAUUUGUCGUAUAAAUAUCCAAAAAACUAGAAACAAGCUAAAUGUUCAAUAGGGAGGAACUGCCUCAAAAAAUUAAGAGACAAUGUGUAACACAGCAGAAUACUAUGCAGCCAUUUAAAACAAUGAUAUAGAAGUAUGUUUAUUGGCAAAGUAAUGUAAUAACACCCAUAACAGAGUAAGAUGAUAAAUUCAAGGAAAUCUAGAUAUUAUGCUACAGAACCCCUUCUUAAGGAUGCUUCACAAAAAUGAACAUGAGAGGUUUCUGCUAAGAUAAAAGAUUAGAUAAGGGAAUAAUAUCUGUGUUUGGAACUCUAGUAAAUACUACCAACUCCUGAAGUAAUACGUUUAAGGAAACUAGACAACAGAUCAGUGAUGAUAUUUAAAAGUUUAGGGAACUGACAAACUAAUGUAUAGUGACAGAAAGCAGAUAAGUGCUUGCUGGGGAAAGACGGGGGCAAGGAGAGACAAGAAACAAAUUACAAAGGGGCAUUAGGAAACUUUUGGGGGUGACAGAAAUGGUCUUUUUUUCUUAUAGUGAUUGUUUCACAGGUUUUAUACAAGUGUCAAAUUUAUCAAAUUGUACAUUUUAAAUACAAUGUAUGUCAUUAUAUGUCAUUUAUGUCAUUGUAUGUCAUUUUAAUGUAUGUCAUUUGUAGCACAAUGAAGCUGUUUUAAAAAA